CCUUAGAAGAUCCAGAUGGACUUAGAUUCCAUUUACCGGUUCAUCGAGGAAACGCACAUCUUCGGGACGCAGCCGUCGGCGGGUAAAGCGCCCGGCGAUGGAGAUGCGGGGGCCCCUGGCGCGGCGCCCCGGGACCCCCGCCGGUCCCGCCGGCCCCCUGGGGGGCUGCAGCCCCACGCCGCGCCCAGCGCCCGCGCGCGCGCCGCCGAGUGGGACAUCUGCGCGGAGCUUCGCCUGCGGGAGCUGGAGGCCGCCCAGGCCCGGGCUGCGCAGCUGGAGCAGACGAUGCGCUGGUGGUCGGACUGCACGGCCACGUGGAGGGAGAAGUGGAGCAAGGCGCGCGCCGAGAGCACCCGCGCCAGGGAGGAGGGGAGGCAGCUCCGCCUGCAGCUGGAGAGGGCGGCCAAGGAGCUGAGCGCGCUGAAGCAGCAGCGGAGUCGGGCCCCCGGGACCGAGGCGCUGGAGGCUGGCGAGGCCCAGGCCCGGGCGCGCCCCGGCUUCCCAGCCGCGUCCUGUGGCGCAGGGGACCCGGCUCAGAUUGGCUCGCAAACGUGUGAGUCUAUCAGAGAGUGUUUGGUAAAAAGAGAAUCCCCUACAAAGGAGAACACACCCAGUGUGGAAGAAGGCUUGAUUCUCCACCCGUUAGGAUUAAAUGAGGAGGUGAAACGCUGCUCGGAUCGUCUUGAUGUAUUCGAGAAGGGCAGUUCCGAAAACUGUGCAGUGAAGCCUGGGCUAAGACAGCACCCAGGGCAUCCGCCUUUGCAAAAUGAAGCACCCAAAAUUUCAGCUUUGCAGGUGCAUUUGGAUGAGUUCCAAAAAAUCUUAAGGCAAGAAAGAGACAUGCGCUCCUCCCUGGAGCGAGAAAUAGAGCGGCUGCAGUCAGCUGUGUCUUCGUGGAAACAGAAGUAUGAAGAACUGAACGCGUCGACGUCCAGAACAAGGAGAGAGCUAGAAAGGUUGCAGGUGGAAAAUGCAUCGGAACGGGACCAGAGGGAAAUACUCGAGACAGAAAAACAAGAACUGGAGAGAGAAAAUAGAAGUCUAAAGGCCCAGGUGAAAGAAAUGGAUGAGCUCCUCAAGGCGAAAAAUAGAUUAAAUGCGAGCUCCCAAGGUCCCGAUUUCAAGACAUCACACAUUGAGCUGCAGGAGAACCACAAGGAACUGCUGGCCCCGCAACACGCCCGCCGCAGACUCAGCGCUGGCCGGCACCAGGCGACAGCAGCAGAGCUGACGCACGCCAGCCACCGCGCCGCCCGGAACGCGGCCGAAGCCGAGACGCUGCGGUCCCGCGUGGAAGGCCUCAGACAGAGGCUCCACCAGAAGCCGGAGCAGCUUGCUGACUCCCUGAAUCAGACCCGAGAGCUCCAGAGAUCUCUGGGUGAACAGAAAGACGCAAAGGAAAACGUGGGAACCGAACUGAGGCAGAACCGACCCAGAGCCGAGAAGUGGCUUUUCGCCGCCGCCUUCUGUCGUGUGCUACACAGCGUGUCUACCCUGGAGCUGACUACUGAGACAGGCAGGCGGGGCUGUUGCCUCUAUUUUCUCAACAUGGACUCUUGUCGAAGCGUCCGGUCCCGGUCCAAGGCAUCCGACUACCCGAAGCCUUCUCCUCGGCAAGGCCCGGAGACACCGAGUAAUGACAGGCGCACGGCCAGCUCCACCGAGCGGACUCCGGCGCCAGCUGCCGGUACCCAGCGCCUGGAGGAGGGGCCCUCGGAAGGGGCCACGCUGCCCCCGUGGCCGCCCCUGAGCCCCGGGCCUCCCGAGGCAGACACGGCCACCGCUGCGCCCUCCUGA